CUCCGCCUCCCCGCCCCCUGCGCGGAGCCGGGGGCCGGGCGCGGAGGGAGGGAGCGGGCCCGAGACUGCAUCAUUCCGCACCGGCUGCAGCGCGGCCAGAGGCAGCAGGUGGAGCGAGCGAGCGGGCGGGACGCGAGCCGGAGCGCGCCGGGCCCCGGGGACACUGCAGUGACGCUGCCCGGGAGACAUGGCGGCCGGGCGCCUCUGAAUAAGCAGAAUCGGAGCCCCUCGUCGUCCCGCGGCCGCCGCAGCCCGGGCCAUGCCGCACGGCCGCUGAGCGCACGCAGGGCCCGGCCCAGAGGACGCUGCCGCCUCGCCCCUCACCCUGCCCGCGCGCGCGUUCUCCGUGUUGCAUUUCCCCCCGGUGUGUCGGGCCGUGUAGCCGCUGCGGCCGGAGCAGCAGUCGGGGCAUCGCUGUGCUCACCCAGCCAGCCACACUCUUCCAUUUUUGCCCUUCCCUCCCCCCCUCCGUCACCCUCCCCCCUCCUCCCUCCCUCCCUCCCUCCCUUCCCCCGCCCCCCGCCGGCUUUGCCUCCAGCGCCGCGUCCCGACGCCCCCUCCCGUCUCCAUCCGCCGGGGCUAUGGCCGCGGAAGAGGUGCUGCAGACCGUGGACCAUUACAAGACUGAGAUAGAGAGGCUGACCAGGGAGCUCACGGAGACGACCCACGAGAAGAUCCAGGCUGCCGAGUACGGGCUGGUGGUCCUGGAGGAGAAGCUGACCCUCAAGCAGCAGUAUGACGAGCUGGAGGCUGAGUACGACAGCCUCAAGCAGGAGCUGGAGCAGCUCAAGGAGGCCUUUGGGCAAUCCUUCUCCAUCCACCGGAAGGUUGCUGAGGAUGGAGAGACUCGAGAGGAAACACUUCUGCAGGAGUCUGCAUCGAAGGAAGCUUACUACCUGGGGAAGAUCUUGGAGAUGCAGAAUGAACUGAAACAGAGCCGGGCCGUGGUCACCAAUGUCCAGGCAGAAAAUGAGAGGCUGACAGCCGUUGUGCAGGAUCUGAAGGAGAACAAUGAGAUGGUGGAGCUACAGAGAAUAAGGAUGAAGGAUGAAAUCCGAGAAUACAAAUUCCGAGAGGCCCGCCUCCUUCAGGACUACACUGAGCUGGAGGAAGAAAAUAUCACAUUGCAGAAACUCGUGUCCACAUUAAAGCAGAACCAGGUUGAAUAUGAAGGCUUAAAGCAUGAGAUUAAGCGAUUUGAGGAGGAAACUGUGCUAUUAAACAGCCAACUGGAAGAUGCCAUCCGGUUGAAAGAGAUCGCGGAGCACCAACUGGAAGAAGCCCUUGAGACCUUAAAAAACGAGAGGGAGCAAAAGAAUAUCCUGCGGAAGGAGCUCUCCCAGUACAUCACCCUCAAUGAUAACCAUAUCAGCAUCUCUGUAGAUGGCCUCAAGUUCACGGAGGACGCCAGUGAACCAAACAAUGAUGACAAAAUGAAUGGGCAUAUCCAUGGGCCCCUUGUGAAACUGAAUGGAGACUAUCGGACUCCCACUUUAAGGAAAGGAGAGUCUCUACACCCUGUUUCUGACUUAUUCAGUGAGCUGAACAUUUCAGAAAUACAGAAGUUGAAGCAGCAACUAAUGCAGGUAGAGCGGGAAAAGGCCAUUCUUCUGGCCAAUCUCCAGGAAUCACAAACACAGCUGGAACAUACCAAGGGAGCACUGACAGAGCAGCAUGAACGGGUGCACCGGCUCACAGAACAUGUUAAUGCCAUGAGAGGCCUACAGAGCAGCAAAGAACUCAAGGCUGAGCUGGAUGGGGAGAAGGGACGGGACUCAGGGGAGGAGGCCCAUGACUACGAAGUGGACAUCAAUGGCUUAGAGAUCCUUGAAUGCAAAUAUAGGGUGGCAGUAACUGAGGUGAUUGACUUGAAAGCUGAAAUUAAGGCCUUAAAGGAGAAAUAUAAUAAAUCUGUAGAAAACUAUACUGAAGAGAAAGCCAAGUAUGAGAGUAAGAUCCAAAUGUAUGAUGAGCAGGUUACAAGUCUUGAGAAGACCACCAAGGAGAGUGGAGAGAAGAUGGCACACAUGGAGAAGGAAUUACAAAAGAUGACCAGCAUAGCCAACGAAAAUCACAAUACCCUUAAUACAGCCCAGGAUGAGUUGGUGACAUUUAGUGAAGAGCUAGCCCAGCUUUACCACCAUGUAUGUCUGUGUAAUAAUGAAACCCCCAACAGGGUCAUGCUGGACUACUAUAGGCAAAGCAGAGUCACUCGUAGUGGCAGCCUGAAAGGGCCUGAUGAUCCCAGGGGACUUUUGUCUCCACGAUUAGCCAGGAGGGGUGUGUCAUCCCCAGUAGAAACAAGGACCUCACCUGAACCAGUUUCAAAAGAAAACACAGAGGCCAGCAAAGAGCCAAGUCCAACCAAGACCCCCACAAUCUCUCCUGUUAUUACUGCCCCACCAUCAUCUCCAGUAUUAGAUACAAGUGACAUCCGCAAAGAGCCAAUGAAUAUCUACAACCUUAAUGCCAUAAUCCGGGACCAAAUCAAGCAUCUGCAGAAAGCUGUGGACCGGUCCUUGCAACUGUCUCGUCAAAGAGCAGCCGCACGGGAGCUGGCCCCCAUGAUCGAUAAAGACAAGGAAGCCUUAAUGGAAGAGAUCCUCAAGCUCAAGUCCCUGCUGAGCACCAAACGGGAGCAGAUCGCCACACUGAGGGCAGUGCUGAAAGCCAACAAACAGACAGCUGAGGUGGCACUAGCUAACCUCAAGAACAAAUAUGAAAAUGAGAAAGCAAUGGUGACCGAAACUAUGACGAAGCUUAGGAAUGAACUGAAGGCUUUGAAAGAAGAUGCAGCAACUUUCUCAUCCCUGAGAGCAAUGUUUGCAACAAGAUGUGAUGAAUAUGUCACACAGUUGGAUGAGAUGCAGAGACAGUUAGCAGCCGCAGAGGAUGAGAAGAAGACUCUAAACACUUUGUUACGAAUGGCUAUCCAGCAAAAACUUGCCCUGACCCAGCGGCUGGAGGACUUAGAGUUUGACCACGAGCAGUCCCGACGCAGCAAAGGCAAACUUGGAAAGAGCAAGAUCGGCAGCCCUAAAAUUGUCAGCAGCCUGCUGCCUCCGUACCGCCACAGUGCUCACAACUAGCCGGGAGGCAAGACUGCCCAACUGUCAGUCCUGACCUAGCUCUCCCUGCCGAGCAGCCACAUUCCAGCCCGCAGUGCGCCCCUCUCCACUGUCUCUCCAAGCCUCCUUACCCCUAGUCUUCAUCUCCCACGGAUGGAUAUCUAAGGUGAAUGCUUUGUAGACACACACAGGACACUGCCCGAGAUCCAGCGGGUGUUUUCUUCUCAGUUGUGAGAUGUAGGAUUGGAUUCAUGUUCAUCCUUUUGGAAGAUGAGAGAAAGUUAAGAAGAAUAACACAAAGCACAGACUCCAGUGUGAUGAAACAUUUUACGGUUUCUGUAAGUCAUGGAUAAACUUCUACAAUCAAAUGGCUAUGAUUGAGUUAAAUAAAAACAAAAAAUAAAAGGAAACGGGAACUAUGUAUCUCAGAUGACUGGCUUUACCUCUAUAGCAUAAGAAAGACCUAAGACCAUGUAAAAAUACAUAUAUUGUAAAAUCAUCUUUCCUUGUACUUCAAAUUCAGCUAUAGAAGUUGAUUCCAAUAUUUUUUGUCAUUGAUAUUUAUUUUAUACUUUAUUUGCCACAUCAUUUAUGUCUAUAAAAAUCAUUUCUGUGAGAGGUGAACUUAUUAAUUCCUUUAUUUUUAGAUACACAUAAUUUGCUCAAUUAAGUAUGAGUUUUAAUUUAGUUUGAAAUCUGGAAUUGGCCAGACUGUGGUCAUAUUUCUUGCACAAAGUAAUAAAUGAGGUGCAUCGGAAUGUUAACAAUAACUGUAUUUUGCUGCUACACUGAUAUUGUUUAUGCACUUAUUUUCUGAUCAGUAGCUCAUUAACUGCUGGUUCUUUUUUUUAAACUAGAAUUCUUCACUUUACAUUAUUAAGUAAAUCUAAGAAAGACUAUGUUAUGAUUCAUUGACUUAUUCAACUUUUGACAGCAUCUUUAAUUUUUUAAAAUUGCCGAAAAGUAGAUGCACUGGUGCUGCUCCUUUGUGUGUGUGUAUGUGUGUGUGAUAAUGUUAAGAAAGCUAAAUAACAUGAAGGGAAAAAAAAGGUGUGUUUAUUUAAUGACCAGAAUUUUUUUACUUUCCCAAAUUCAGGGUCCUACUAUGAGUCUUUCCUGCAAAAAGGUAUCAAAUGGGAAAAUAGAUAGAUACAUACAUAGAUAGAUGUAAGUUAGCCUUUGGUUAAUUAAUUUAUCCAGAAAGUGUUCAAAUUUCGAUUAAAAUUGUAUGUUUUGUUGUUGUUAGGUUUUUUUCAUAAUGAAUCUUCCUUGCCAAAAAAACAAUAAUAAACCUUAGCUCAUUGUCUACUUUUGACAAACACUCAGGUGCCUACAAUCAUUAUAUUAUAUUGAGAUAGUACAUGUUCCUAGUUUAUUUACAGAUUCUGCUGGGUAACUUUUAUGACUUGAUUUAAGGCAAUGGAUUUUCAUAGCAAAGUUUCUUUUGCACAUAAUCUGACAAACAAGGAAAACAGCUAAUUGAGCUGAAAGGUCUAACACUCCUGGGCUCCUUAACUAUCAACUGUUGCCCACACAAUUGCUCCUAGCCCUGAUUCCUUGUCUAGUCAGGUAGCCUUAACUUAUUUAAAACCAUGACGGUUUGACCUUUUCAUGUAACUAUACCUGUAAGUUCUCUUUAAGACAAAAACACCCUCACCAUUAACGUAAAAGGUAGUUAACAAUGCAGGGCUCUAACAGUGGAGAUCUAGUAGUGGAGAUCUCAGCUUAAUGAGUGGGAGUGGGUGGUACAUUAAUGUGUGGUCCAUCAAAGAUGGCAACCAAUCGGUAAUCAUCAAGCACAGUGCAGGAGCUUUCAUCACUCCUAAGCCUGUUAAGUAGUGGUCACUAUUACCAAAGCAUCAAGAGGAUUCGAGUUCCUUAUAUGAGUGCUAUUUUCAACAGUGUCAUUUAUUAUGCAACUUGGAGUAACUGGAAAUCUACCAAAAUAGAGAUUCAGAUUCAAGUGCAGAAACAAGAAACAAAUCUUCACCAAGUCCAGAUCGUGGCAACCUAAUGUUCUGCUCUUUCCUACCUGCAUUGCCUUGCUGUUCCUAAACAUUUUCUUCAUUUUAUUAGUGUUGUAUCUGCCUGGUACCAGUAUUACUGAGAUAGUGUGGAUUUUGUUGGAGUUCAAUUAAAAGAAACUACCCCAUCCCCACUCCUGCUUUUUUUUUUCUUCUUUUUUUCUUUACAAGCUUCAUGUUUUCGGACCUGAGAAGUGGCAUAGCUGCUAAGUUGACUUUUAAUAAAAACUAUUUGUGCCUGAGGGAAAAUAUGCCUUUUGAAAAAGUACCUCAGAACGUCUUCUUAUAUUGCCUCGUCAGUUUUGUUGGUAGUACAGGGAAUUCAGCAGUAAGAAUUGUCUGUGUGUAACUACAGGGCAGUACUGCCUAUUGGCAGUGCAAGUCUUUCAUGCUCCCUUUCUCUGUAUUUAUGACCUGUGAAAGCCAAGUUACAGACAAAACAUUUAUUUCUCUCCAUGGAAAGUUUACCAUUGAGUCUGUUAUAUACUGGUUUUAUUUCAGUUCUUUAUCUUGAUAGAGUGGGAAAUGCUUGUUUUGAAAUAUUAAUUCUAUAAAUGGUUAAUUUUUGCAAAAUUUUGCCAAGAAGAUAUAGAAACUUGGAAAUAAAUUUCUAAUUUUCAGCACAAAAUUAGAUAAUAGUCCCUAAGCUGUAGGAGAGAAUUCCAUGUAUUUACACUGUGGCAUCUUUUAGUAUAGUUUGAACUGAGCCAUAUCCAUAUUUAUUUAGAGGCAUUUAAAAGAAUAAAUAUGUGUAGCAUUGGUUAAAAUUGGUACGUGUAAAAAAAAUCAGGAUUCAAAAGGAAAUUGAAAAAUUGAGGAAUCAGUGAACAUCAAAAAGAAUGAGCCUCAGUAAGACUAAUUGAAGACAGACUUGGAGAAUAAAAACCAACUCCAGAAAUACAAUAAAAAUACUGGCUAAUUAUUGGGAAUACAGUGGGCAAAGAUUAAAGGUAACCAGCAAGAGUGGUUAGCAAAGUAACUAGGUAGUUUUUUUAAAGUAAGCACAAUUACCACCCUAAAAAGAUGUUAUUAUGCAGAAAUGCUUCCAUAACUGAGGAUUUCUCUUAGCUAAAAAAUUAAAUUUUAUUUAAAGGAGCAAUAAGUUGCCUUUGACCUGAGUGCACAGGGGUAUACAGGACCCUUGGAUUAUUUUUCCAAUCAGCUUCUGAUUCAUCAAAUCCCUUUCAUACAUCCAAUUCUGCUUCAAUAAGAGGAAUUUGGAGAACUUUGAGAAAAUAGGAAGUUGUUAAAUAAUUAAGAAAGACCUAUUUAAAAAGGUGAAACUUUUAUUUAGCGUAAGGAAGAGGAGGCACAAUAGUGAUCUUCAAGAAAAUGAAAUUUAACAAACGAGAGAUGCUGUAAGCUGUAGAUAUCGUUAUUAAGCCUGGAAUAAGAGAAGCUAGGUCUUUAGUGUGAAGGAUUUAUAUUGCCUCUAUGAAAGAGAUUUUUAACAGUGAAAAGUGAAUCACUGAAAUUGAUAAUCAUAAGGAAUAUUGAUUUUUCAAAAAUUAAAUAUUAUUGGUUGUCUAGUAAGAAUUGAGUUUGGUGGCAAGGUAUCUUGUGAUAAUGUAUUAUAAUUACAGGAUUCCAUAAUCUUAUGCUUCGUUUGAACUGAAAAAUACAUUAAAGUUACACUGGUUAGUCAUAAAAUAUUUUAUCCCUUGAAAAUAAGAUGGCAAUCUUAAUUUUUCCAAGAUAUCUGGUAAAAACCAAGAUCAUUGGUAAUAUUUUUUCUUCCAGUUAUAUUUCAUAAUAUCUUUAGUAAUUUUAUUAUAAAAAGCCUCAAUUGUCAGAGUCUAAAAAAACAAAUGUCCUCAGGAAUACUUUGGAAAUAGAAGGUAUGUAAUCUCUUAGGGGGGCAAAUGCCUCUCAAGUUUUAUCUUUUCUUAAAAGGAUCUUCAAUCUCAGUAUUUCCUCUUUCUAAUGCUUUGGAAAAUAUUCCUGUACAGUUAGGCCUUCUGUUUCAAACAACCAUGAAACGUUGGUCAAAUGAACCAACUAUGAAUGUGGACAGUAGUAAAUAAAAUCCUCUACAAUUCUCAAGUAGGAAUUACAAAAUAUGAAAAAGAAGAAAUGAAAUAUAUUUUCUACUAGGAUAAGAAUGGCAAAUUUAAUGUGUAAUUGUUAUAAUCCAGCAGACAAAAGACAUAAUCUUUCUUUCAGAAAGACACAUCAAGAAAAACUAAUCAAUUUCCAGUAAGGAACUGUGCUGAUUCAGCCCAAGGAGGCCAAACACAUUGAUAUUGUAGAUAUAAAGUAGGACUAGAUUCAAAAGGAAUUCUUAGGACAAAGUUCACAAUUAAAAAAAAAAUUGUCCUCCAGGGUUUUUUGUUUGUUUAUAAACCAGAAUGAUUUAAAAUAACCCUUGUAUUUAGGAUUGCAAGAAAUUUAGAAGGAUUAUGUUUUCAAAUACAGGGGACGUAAUUCUUCAAAAAGCUGUUGAACUGGAGUUGUGAGAGAUGGCAUGAUCAGUGCUGAUAACAAGUAAUUUUUACCUUGUAAUCCAUUUCUAUGGAUGAUGAGACCAAUCUAGCUCCCGAGUGACCUUUUCCACUGUCUGUAAUUACCCCCCAGAUGAGUUGCAUCUGUAGGUAAAUUCAUCUUUAUUUAAAUGCCAAAUUAACUGCUAAAGUCCCUGAUUUGUUGCAUUUGUAGCCUGAUCCAAUUAUGUUGACAUCUGAAAGAUUUUGUCGAGGCAUCUCUUUCAUCCUUCUUAUUCAAAGUAUAACUGAAAAAGAUAUUUAGUAUUGAGAUAUGUUCCCCAAUCGAGGAUUUUCCAAAAGUAAUAUUCUACUUAAGAAGAAGAGGAGUAAUUAAUUGCCUUUACUGUAAGGGUGUGAGUACAUAAAAGUAUGCGUGUAAAAUGUUUGCAUGAGAUAUUUCACAUCAUGUAAGCUUUCCCAUAUUCAUAAUACAAACACUAUAAAAGUCUUAUUUCUCUUGUUAUCUUCUCUCCAUUAGGAAUGUAAAGAGAUUACUACCUAUAUCUGGUCUCCUUUCCAUAUUGAAAUGCAUGGCUCUAAUCCUCAAUGUAUUUUUGUCCCUUUCCUCUGGAGUUAUUUAAAUUUGGCUGAUUUAAACUGACACCUGGAUAAACUACCAAGCCAGAUUAUUUCUGUGAUUGGAGUUUAAGUGCUGUGGAACAUUGGUCGAGAACACAUUUUUAUUUGAACUUUUCUUUCAGAAUUAUUCUCUGAUCAUUAUGGUUCUCUAAUAAAAACACUGAGAAGUAAAUCGGAUGCUUUUAGUGUGAUUGUAUGUUUUUCUUUCUAAAAUGUCAUUUAAAAGCAAAGAUCAGAGAACUAUAAAGAGAAAUGUCAUUUUGUUGACAAAUCCUUAUUCAAUAAUAUUGAAUAUCCAUAAUGAAUCAUUUUGUCAUUUAGGUUUAUAGAUAUGAUUAUGCACCAAAUCUUAGAGGAAAGAAAUGAUUUUGCCAUUAUUGCCACAAAAUUUUUAAGCUCCAUGGUUUGACUGUUAGAGUCAAUUAAAGAAGUUCUUUGAAAAUCUUUUAUGAUAUUUUUGUAAUCUACUCAGUGUUUUUAUUUGCAUGACUACACAUACAUGAUGAACCAUACAUGAUUCUGAAUUGUAUUUCUUUCCAAUAUUAACAUUUGUGUAAUGUGUAGCCAACCCUGAUUUGUACACAAUAUAAUUAUUGUUGUAACGAUUCUGCUAUUCCUACAUUUAAUUGCAAUUUUGUUAUUAUGCCUUUUGGGAUUAAAUGAUGUGAAGUGUUUCCACCUACAGAUAAUACCAUAUGAAAACAUGACUAAAAGACUGACCUAAGAAACUCUUUUGUUGCUAAUCAUUUUUUAAAAUCCAAAUUUCAAGGGAAACUUGUUCUCAAAGACAUAUGCAUUUAUUUUAAAUUCAGAAAUGUUCUUAUGAAUUUAUUAUUGCUUGUCCUUUUUAAUUUUUUUAUUGUGGACAAUCCUAAGUGAAUGUCUCAUGAGAGAAUCCAUAUAUGAUAUGUGCUUGUAUUUGUGUAAUCUGAUCAUGCACUCGAUGGUUGGAAAAGGCACUCCAAUGCUAAGAAAAUAACCAAAAGCCAAUAUAUCAAUUCUUAUACCUUGGUUUAUGUUACCAACUGAAUAUGGUGUAAUGCAUAACUCUUUCCAGUAAAUAAACUGGUUAUCUUUUGUUCA